UUUAUGGAUAGAUAAAGUUUGUUUUGCAGAAGCAUCAUUUGGAGCCCCCUGUUUUCAGCUCGCGUUUGUCUAGUUAUGGACAGGCCACAUUUAGAAGCACCCCAAGUAAUGCUGGGAACUACAAUUACAGGUAUAAACCAACGACAACAUGUUGGACUGCAGAAGCUCUCGGCGCUGGCAGGAAUCACAUAUUCUUCUCUGGGACCCAAUAAAAAGUACAAGUUUAUCCUAGAUGAAACGAGUGGGGAGUCAGCUCUUGUGUGCUCGUGUUUUCGCAUCUUCGAGAACCUGGAGCUGACCUGCGCGGUGGGUCAGCUGGUUUACGAGACUAUUCAAGCCCACCAGAAGGUCUAUCAUACAGGGUCAGGAUGUCUGCUGUUUCUCGCAGGAGCCUGGAGCCGUGCUGCGCUGGAGUGCCUUCAGACAGGAAUUUCAGUAGCACACAUCAUCUCGGCUAUGUCUGAAGGAAUAGAUAUAUGCUUGGAUGUUUGCAGGAAAUGCAGCAUCUCAACUGAGGGUCUUGAUGUAGAGCAAUCGGAGAGCUGCACUGUGACAUUGCCAGGACUUCAACUGUCAAAGCAACCCCUUGUGGAGGCUUCACAGGCAUCGAGCCACCUGCAAGGGACAACGACAGUUGGUCACAGGACUCUAAACAGAAGUGAACAAAGGAGAGUGAAGCUCAGCAGAUAUUUUUAUGAGGCCAAGUCAGAAAAUGUCUCCACAGAACCGCAACCUAAUAAGCCUCAGCUUCCUGACAUGACACGCAUUGCCGAGGGAUUGAGUCACGGUUGUGCCGAUGCGAUGAAUUUAGUAGUCAAAGCCAGCCGAAUACAGUCAAAAAAUAAUCCGCAAGAUAACGGCUGUUCCACGUUUGAUGUUUCCAAAGUGGUGACUUGUGUGCUACCUGGCUUACCAGAGGAGCAAACGUGUGUUUUACCAGGCUGCGUUGUUCUUGUAUCUGCUGAACAGGCUUCAGUGGCACAUCACUUAAGAGAACAGCACUUGAAGGUUGCUCUAAUUAAUGGAGAUUUAUCAGAUACCUAUCGCCAUCUUGGCUUCAAAAGGCCAACAGGUAUACAGUGUGUGAGUGACCUGUCAGAUCGUUUAAAUUCAAGCAACGAGGAAGAGUGGAUAGAAAAGGUUAUGAAACUUUUGUUGAACCUAGAAGUGAACAUGAUACUAGUUACUGGGCUUGUUGGUGAGAAAGUGAUUCAACGCUGUUGUAGACAUCAAAUACUUGUGGUGGAAAAAGUAAAGGCUUCCGUUUUAAGGGCAUUCGCUAAUGCAACUGCAGCUGUUCCGGUGACUUACGCCACACAGUUGAGUAAGCACUGUGUUGGCACUGGUGUGGAUGUUGCGAUAUGGAGGGACCUCAGCAGCCACAAGAGUAAGCCAUCAACAACUGUGAAUAUUUCCACCGUUAAGAACAGCACAUUGGUCACAGUGGUCCUCACAAGCUGUGUACAUGCAAAGCUGCAGGCCCUGGAGGACCAGUUUUGGUCAUGUGCUUAUCGUUUACACCACAUGCUGAAAGACAAAGUCCUCCUGCCUGGUGCUGGAGUGACGGAAAUGCUUUGCAUUCAUCACCUUCAAAAGGAAGCAGAUCACCGUGUUCAGCAUCACAGAGAGAGGAAUGGGGACGCUGUUCAGCAAACCAAAGCAGGAACAGCAGUGAACCCUUACAGGCAUGUAGUGUUGCACCUCAUGGCAGAUGGGUUAAUAGAUUACAUAUCCACUGUAAUGGUUAACACUGGGAAGUAUUCAAAAGUCAGAGCCAGGACUGCAGUGAGCCAACAACUGCAGGACUAUAAUGAAAGUCUAGGUAUUACUGCAAGGUUCUCGCCACUUUUCUUGGAAGGUGAACAAGAGGAUAGUGGAGUUUCCUCAUCCAUGAAAUCCAGUGAAGCACCAGCAGUAAAAAUCUAUGAUAAUCUGAGUGUGAAGCAGGAAGCAUGGAGGAAAGCCUUAGAUCUGGUUCUCCUGGUCUUGCAGACUGAUGCAGAGGUCAUCACAGGCAUUGACCAAAAAAGUGAUGGAACACAAGACUAUCUGACGCUGUUAUGAUCCAACCCUGACAUCUUGGGGGAUACAUUGACCGUACACAGCUCUCUUUAUGUUUUUUGUUCCCAUAUGGGGAAAAAAGUUCAUUUAGACUGUUUAAAAUGUUUGUUUUUUUAAUGACUUGUACAAAGUGAAAGUAGAAUAAAGUGUUUUUAUAUUCUU